AAAUGUGGACACUUUUUAGUAAGUGAAUUGUAUGGAGUUCCACUGCUGUGGUGUGUGUUUGUUCCACUUGAAAAUCUGUUACCGUUUUCGUUCCACGUCAACGGAACUCGAAGCUCAACACCGUCUACGCGAAUAUGUGCUACGCAAUUAUUUUGUCUAUCACGUUCCACUUUUCCGUGUAUGCCCUGAUCAGCUAUUGAAGCUGUGUGAAGCCGAAAGCCAGCGGAAUUCUCAAAUUGGAUGAAUACGAAGCAACACGUAGCGUGAGAAAAAUUAUCAUCAUAUGUCAAGAUUAAUCAUCGAUGAUGAUUAUGUGUGAGAUGAUUCCCAACGUCACUGAAUGAUAUUUUUGGUAAACGAAAAUACAAACACCCCAACACUAUGGUUCUGUAAAUAAUUUUGUGUCAUCCGGUCAUAUUUGCAAUACUAAUGAGUAAAAAGGCAGUGUGAAUUGCUGUAACAUCAAACAUGCACAAGCCGUCGUCAUGUAUGUGAAUGUUUCCAGUUGUCAGUGAUCGAGUCAACAAUUAAAUGGCAGUAAUUUGUUAUCUCCUGUUCAGUAUUGGUGGUGACCUGUUUGAGAUCGCAGACGUGUUUAUUUCUUCUGGGGCUUCCUUUGCGGAAUGUAGAAAUUAUUUGCUGUGCAAACGACGUGAACAAUUAAUACGAUACUACAUUGCUCAAUACAGUAAACAGGAGGAAUUGACGACAAUCAUGUCGACUGAAUCGAUAGACAGCUGCGAAUUCGCAUACCAGGAUUCACCCAAAUCCCCGGGGUCAAUUAGUUUGGAUAAGAGCUCAUCGACAGAGGUGGUAUACACCUUGGAAAAUAUCACAGAAGUUUCACCGGGGCUGAGUUUUGUGAUUAGCGGAAGCAUUCUGUUAACGUGCGAACGAUUCUCGAUUAAUUUGAUGUUGAAAAACUCCGAUUUGGCACUACACUUUAAUCCAAGGUUACCGCAGAAUUAUAUCGUCCGGAAUUGUCGCGUCAAGGGAAUAUGGGGCAAGGAAGAAGUGGCUUCGCCGUUGUCGUUUAAUCUUCAUCGGGGACAAAAAUUCAACAUACAAAUCCUGGUGACUGACAAGGAAUUUCUGAUGUGUGUCAAUGGUCGUCACUUCAAUUCUUUCAAACAUCGAUUACCCUACAAGAAAAUCUGUGCCCUGGAAGUUAAAGGAGACGUUAAGGAUGUUCUUGUUGAACAAGUGUACACCGAAACGUAUCCCGAUAUAGUGCUAGAUGACAUCCAGCAGGUUUCGAAGGAAAAUUUUCACAUUUCGGAACUAUCGGACACCAACUACAAAAUGAUGCCAUAUACUGGUCGGUUGGGAGAAUAUUUCACCAAUGGAAAGAGCUUGCUUAUUCGAGGACGCGUGAAACUUCUGCCACAUUCUUUUUUCCUGAAUCUCCAAACCAACCAUUAUGUGUGGCCUCACCCGAACAUUCUGUUCCAUCUGAAUCCUCGCUUCGGCAGUGUUGGUGGAAAGCAUGUGAUCUGCCGAAAUUCUUGGUUCAACGGUAAAUGGGAUCGAGAAGAGCGUUCGGAAAAUUUGACCGAUUUCAUGCCCGGUAAAACGUUUCAUCUUAAAAUCGCGUGCACCGAUGUUAGUUACCAGGUUUAUUUGAAUGAUAAACUGAUUGCAGAGUUUUUUUUUCGGGAGAAUCCAAGGCGUGUUGAAACAGUCUACAUACAGGGUGACAUUCGGGUUUACGAUGUGUUGUUGGAGUCAGAUUGUUGAAUGAUUCAAACAUUAAUGUGAAUAGAAAUAUACUGCGCUUAAAUUUGAACAAUAAUCUUGAAUGAGAACUAUUUAACGUAGAUAAUAACGGAUUACAGCGAAUGUAAACCGCCUUCAGUCGUACUGAUAUGAUUUUGGCCCAAACUUAAUUAGCGGGCGGGGGAGCAAUUUUAAGUUUUUCUAUUAUGAAUACAUUGACUGCUUGAGUUUGUGGAAUACAAAUAAAAAAUACUGCACUGAA